UACAUUCUUCGGGUUAACGUUAUCACCGGCCCGAACUCUUCAUGUCUGUUAAUGUCUAGUCUGUUUGGUGUGGCGAGCGCUCACAAAAAUACAAACAAGUAAUUCCAUGUUUUAUGUUUCCCGAGCUACCUGCCCUACUCUGACUCUGGGAAUCAAUCAAGUACAUCAUGCCGAGUAACCAGGCUGAUGACAAUGUGCGUGUGGUGGUACGCUGCCGUCCUCUUAAUGAGAAGGAAGUCAGUCAAGGGUUUAGUUCCAUUGUCAAUGUUGAUGAAAUGCGUGGCACUGUACAGGUUCAGAAUCCCACAGCUCCCAAGGGGGAACCACCCAAGUCAUUUACAUUUGACACGGUGUUUGCUCCUGGUAGUAAACAGACAGAUGUUUAUAACCAAACAGCUCGGCCAAUAGUAGAUGCAGUGAUGGAAGGCUAUAAUGGUACUAUAUUUGCUUAUGGGCAAACUGGAACCGGCAAAACAUACACCAUGGAGGGUGUAAGGUCACAGCCUGAGCUAAGGGGAAUCAUACCCAACUCCUUUGCUCAUAUAUUUGGCCAGAUUGCCAAGGCAGGGGAGAGUGUCAGGUUUUUGGUCAGAGUGUCAUACCUUGAAAUUUACAACGAGGAAGUGAAGGACCUCCUAGGCAAAGACCUAUCAGCUAGAUUGGAGGUGAAAGAACGUCCAGAUAUUGGAGUGUAUGUGAAAGAUUUGUCAGCGUUUGUUGUCAACAAUGCAGAUGACAUGGACAGAAUAACCACUCUUGGCAAUAGCCAUCGCUCAGUUGGGGCAACCAACAUGAAUGAACAUAGUUCACGCUCACAUGCUAUCUUCAGCAUUACAGUUGAGAGGAGUGACAUUGGACCAGAUAAACAGCAACAUGUCAGAGCAGGCAAGCUUCAUAUGGUGGACCUAGCUGGAUCGGAGCGUCAGUCCAAAACUGGAGCGACAGGCCAACGGCUAAAAGAAGCAACCAAAAUCAAUUUGUCUCUCUCUACAUUAGGCAAUGUAAUUUCUUCCCUUGUAGAUGGCAAAAGUACACACAUACCCUAUCGAAACUCCAAAUUGACAAGGUUGCUGCAAGAUUCUCUGGGUGGUAAUGCCAAGACUGUUAUGUGUGCUAACAUUGGACCAGCAGAGUAUAACUAUGAUGAGACAAUCAGCACACUACGCUAUGCUAACCGAGCUAAGAACAUCAAGAACAAUGCUCGCAUUAAUGAAGAUCCCAAGGAUGCUUUGUUGCGUCAAUUCCAGAAGGAAAUUGAAGAACUUAAGAAACAGCUUGAGAGAGGAGAAGGAGGGGGUUCCGAGGGUGAAACUGGUUCUGAGGAGGAGUCUGGAUCUGCAGAAGAAGGGGAAGGAGGAAGCGGGGAAAGACACACCAGAAGGAAGAGGGGAAAGCGGAAUUUAUCCCCGGAGAAAAUGGCUGCAAUGCAGAAACGCAUUGAUGAGGAGAGACGUGCAUUGGAAGAAAAGAAAGACAUGGAGGAAGAAGAAAGAAACAAAGUGCAACAAGAGCUGGAGCGGAGAGAAGACGAACUGCACAAGGCACAACAUGAGCAUGACUUACUCAAAGAGAAGCUGAAAGCUGUGGAGAAGAAAGUCAUCGUCGGUGGUGUUGAUCUGUUAAAGAAAUCUGAAGAGCAAGAACGGCUGUUGGAGGAAUCAGCACGUGAACUGGAGGAGCGGACCAGAAAGCAGGAGAGUUUGCGCCAAGAAUUGGCUGAGAAGGAGGCGGAGCGGGUGGAUAUUGAAGAAAAGUUUGGUAAUCUUCAAGAGGAAGCUGUAGGAAAGACAAAAAAACUCAAGAAAGUCUGGAGUAUGCUCAUGAGUGCAAAAAGUGAGGUUGCUGAUAUGCAGCAGGAACACCAACGAGAAAUGGAAGGACUGUUAGAAAACAUACGUCAACUGAGCAGAGAGCUGCGUUUACAGAUGCUGAUCAUCGACAGCUUUAUCCCUGUAGAGUUCCAACAAAUGAUAGAGCAGUAUGUGAACUGGAAUGAGGACAUUGGUGAAUGGCAACUGAAAUGUGUAGCCUAUACUGGAAACAACAUGCGUAAACAGACACCCAUUCCAGACAAAAAUAAGGGCAAGGAUUAUGGUGAGCCAGACUUGUCCAACGUGUACCUAGCUUACACUGCUGAAGGAGCAGCGAGAGGAUUUGCUAAGAUGAAGUCCACCUCUAGCAGGCGGCCUAAGACGGCAUCUGGUAGACAUAGAACGGGUAAAAGGAAACAAGGCGGCAUGGAAAAUUCCAUUGACUCUCUGCUGCAGUAGCACAACAUUACGAUGAGGGUCAAGACGUUACAUCAUUUUGUCCAAUGGAAAGAAUGAACUAUUUAGUAUCAAAUCUUAGGCCAUGGGCACGGUCUCAACAUAGGAAUUUGAAUCCAGUGUAGAGUACAAGCUGUUCAAGGAGUACAAGUUGAGGAAGUCCCGGUCUUAAGGCACAGAAGGAAAUUGAAAUUUUAGUAAUCUGUUUAGUAUCGGUAUGAAUGUCUUCCUUAAAGGAAUGAGUUCAUAACCACACUAUCCCCAUGGUACAAAGACUCCAUUAUGAAUAUGUAUGGUGUACAGCAGUUCCUUGCAUACUCAAUGCUGGACCAAUUUCGAAUAGUUUAAUAAGCUUGAUAAUUGAUCUAUGUGCUAUUCUAUGACCUUGUGUUGUGCUUUGGAAGUAAUUUUAUCAUGGAGAUGCCUAAUUGUAGCAGUGUACCCUGGACAUAAAAAGAAGAGAUAUUUGGGGAACUAGCAGUGAGUCUUUGUAGGUGGAAGCAUUGCAUUGUGUAAAUGCUUAAUGGGUCUAUUCAAGAUUAUUCUCUUAUGUGUAUUUGUUUUUCAUGUAGUAGUUUGGAAGAAACUGCCAAUAGGCCAUUGUACUUUUAACUUUAACGUUAACUAUCCAAGGCUCAAACUGGUCAUUUAUGUGUUUAAUUAGCAUUCACUUCAUGAGCAUGAGUUCUGCCUUUGUGUUAAAUACAUGCAGUUUUCAGUCAAGUGUUGGCAAGUAAAAAAAAAGAGGACUUGAUCUUCUUCCUAGCCAAGCAGAUUAAUAAAACUGCAGAAAGAAAAAGACAAUCGAAAUUGACAUUUUUUGUAAGCCCACCCUCAAAUGUACUUAAAUACCUUGCUUUGGACUCCUCUACCCUGACUUCUGUAAACAUUUGCCAAAAGUAUGGAGUAAAACCUAUUAUAACACCUCACCCACAGAUUCUAUAUAUUGAUUGGCCGAAAGUGUGUCAUGUGACGCUUGCUAGUUUUACUAUU